AGUCAUAACUUGACUCGUCGGUAUAAAUCAAUUAAAAUUCCAAGUACAUUUUGAUUUUGCAGUAACUUUAUCAACAAUGAGUGAUUCUGUUGGUUCAUUUGCAUAUCAAUCAGUUUGAUUGUACAUAAGAUCAACACAUCCUUAAUUAGUAGAUUUUCCAUGAGGACUGAAUUCAUAUCCACAUAGCCUAAUCAUCUCAAGAUAACAGACAAAGAGCUAACUUACCAUGACUGAAACCACGUCUAAUGUGUACGACCUGACAUUUCCCAGCCCUAUCACCCUGGAAAAAAUCUCAUCUAUCGUAGUCGCGGUGGAAUUAUGGCGUAAAGAAAUCUGCGCUCAACUCGAAAGUAAGCGUUCGCACGAAUUAGAUUUCAGAAAUAAUAUCCAGCUGAGAACUAUUCUUCCCAAUUUGCCAUCGACGAUUCGCAGUUCACUGGAGGAAUACAUCGACACAUUCAGAAAUUCGAUCGUGCGAUGGCAGAAAUAUCAUUACCCUAAUGUAUUCGAUGGUAGUGGUUCGAUGGACGUUUUAAGCCGAUUCGACGAUUUUGCAUGGGACUGGGAUGGCACCAUUCACGAAGUGCGAACAGCUAAACGAAUGAUACUGUGCGAUCUAAUCACCGAAGAUGAGAAAUUCAAGAUCGCUUGUUUGUACUGCUUCGAAGAUGAUAUCAAACAGAUUUGGCAAUCGCCAUUUGUCAGCGAGACGAUGAAGGAUUUGAAUAAAAUUGAUUUUUAUACGUGUCCGCAACAGUACUACUGGAUUUGCUACCUUAGAAACGAAUUGCAUCGGAUUCCUAAUCUAUAUAAUGUUCCUAUCGACGAGUUGAUGAUAGAUACAUUAAAUGACUAUAGAACCCAUUCGUCCAUGAUGUAUUUUUGGAAUCGUUUGCCUUCCGAUUGCCAGUUACGAGUAGAUAUAUGUUACCACGCAAUCGUGGUAUUCGCCAGGUUUAUUUUACCGAAACUGAACGAACAUCAAAUGGACAUUUUCGUAGCCGCACACGGUUAUGAUUUGAUACUGCAUCUGUUGAAAUAUGAACCAAGACUAGUUCAUGUUCUUCCAACUUGGAUGUGUAUUCGGAGCAGGAUGGAUACAGGACAGUUUCGGUUCUUUAUUUAUAGUACGAUCUCAAUGACUGAAGGCGAACAUCUUCAUUCUCAAAGCAUGACUAAUGUGUUCAGUGAGAUAUGGGAGAGUGUACCGCAGCAUUUCAAACGAUCGGCGUUGGAUCUUGUGCUACAUUGCGAUCAAUUAUUUUGCUUUAGAAAUCGGUUUCGACGGAGCUGUAGUAGAGGAGUGAAAUUUCUGAUCGUAGUAUUGCAAGAUGCUGCUUUCGAAGAGAGAAACAUAUUUUGGCUUGAGCGUUGGCAAAAUUUGAUCUUCUGCGCACCUGUCGAAGAUUUGGUCGAUAUUAUGAAAUUGUCGUUUCGAAACGAAAAUGAAAUUACGUUAUUCAAAGAGAACGUUAUGUCGAUAUAUGAAAAUAUCGCCCAAGGGUGCGCCUUGUUACUGAAACGUGGCAUGUUCGAAGAAUUAAAUGAAUUUUUAUUCGUUUGCUGCCUCGAUGAGCGAAACAGAAUGGAUAUGAAACCGCGAUUAUUGAGAUCGAAUUAUGUUGGUGAAAAUUCUGUAUUGACAAUUGACGUAGUCAGAAACAAUAAACUGCUGAAUGAGUUCAUCGACGAUGUUUUUCAAAAUGAUGCCGAUUUCGGCGUUGAAUUUAGAAACCAACUGAGAUCAUCUCCUGUAACCCAAAAAUGUUUACUCGAAUGUAUUCAAUGGGGUGGUGAGUUGGUUCACCUGAAUCACUUGAUGGAAUUCGUCGACACUUUUCAUCCAGAUGAACAAGACGCUGUGCCUAUGAAAAAACGUUUGUUUGAGCAUUUCAAAGAGUAUCUGAUUGAUGGUAGAAUUCUGCGCUUUAAUGGUGACCAAUUGGAAGCGUUUCUUUUUUGGUUGUUGGGUAGCGCAGACGAAGUUAUCAAAUUCAAGCAGUCGGUACCGGUUGAGGAUAUUUUUCGUACCAUGAUUCGAACUCACUCACAGCCGAGAAGAAUGGCGGGAGAUGAUGGGAAUGAGUUUAAACUUAAAUUUCCUGCGAGGUUGGAUCGUUUUUUAAUGUGGUAUUUUAACAAAGACGAAGAAGAAAUCGAGAAGUUUACGAGGCUAUUUCCUGAUGAGCUGAAGUCAUUUGGUCCUAGAAAACGUAGAAGAACUGCGUAGCUUGGUGUAAUUCUUGAAAUGACAGGGUAAGGACAGGGUGUCUAACAGUCAUUCUGAUCCAAAACGUCAGGAAAAGUUUGUCUUUUUGCACAUGGGGCUGGGGCCUUCAUUUUCCGAUUUUUUAAGUACGAGUAAUUUUGGCAUUUAAUCGAAAUCGAGCGAAAAGUCCAAAAAAUAAAGUAUUCGUUUUUAAUUUUUAUGCCUCUUGAAUUACUUAUGUACACAUUUUCAGAAGCUUUCGGCCUCGCUUCGCUCGAGCCUGUUCUCUAUUUUUUUUCAAAAGUAACUUCCUUCAAAAAAAACUUUAUUCGAUUUAUAAAAUUUAAAAAACCAAAAAAUAAACUUUUCGCCUUUAAAAAGUAUACUUGUUUUUAGGCAUCUCGAAAUAAAUACUCAUUAUCAAAAGCUCUCGCCCUCGCUUCGCUUGGGCCAAUUUGUUUCUCAUUUUAAAAUGAAUAUAUUUCACAUUCGAAGCCUCCAAAAAUCCAAAAAAGAACAGAAAAAUUUUCAUAAGUCAUAUGAACAUUGUAUCAAUUGGCAAAAAACCAAAGUGUUUACACCACAUCAAUCCAGAGAUGUUCAUUCUACACAAUCCCCUCUCAAAAACCUAAAAAAUAGCUUUUACUUUUGAAACGGGCCCAACAUUAUUACCUGCCCAGGGCCCGCAUCAGCUCUGCUAUUUUUUGUCAUUUUCAUACUGGAAUAAAAUGAAGUGUUUGAAUUGCUAUUAUUUUUCUUAUUCUUAUUUUUAAUUCUGUUGGUCGAAAUUAUUCUCCAUUUUUGGUUUUUCAUUCGGUACCUAUUUUUGAAUUUUCAUUCGACAUUUUGUACCCAAAUCACCCCCCCCCCCCCCUACAAAACAUUUGGAGCGCGGCACCACUGCUUGCAUGUUUGCAAUUUUUGUAAAAUUAAAAUAGGUACCUACCUAGUUUGUAAUCAAAGUUCAGCUGUUUUUUUAUGUCUGAAGAAAUAUCCAGUUCGAAGAGAAACUAAUGCGGAAAAAUACCCCCUCCCCCCUCCAAAGCUUCUUCUGUAAUUCAAGUAUGGGGUAAGUAUAGAAAAUUGGAAAUAUGCUCUGGGAAAUUGGUCUCGAAAACCUGGAAAAGUCAGGGAAAAUGACUCACCAACAAUAAUGGACAGUUGGACACCCUGGUUGUUUAUUUCCAUUGUUUGAUGUAUAUUUUUCGUGAUCAUUUUUUUUUUUUAAAUUACAAAUUUUUGAAACUUUCAUCUGUAAAUUUUGUGAAAAUGAAUGGGGGGGGGGGUAACAGUACGUUUUCAAUUUUAAAAAUGUCCUUUUGAAAGGUCUUUCCAAGAUCCCUUCUCUUUAGUUUUCAGAUUUUGUUAGACACCCUGAAUGAAAAGUUGCUGUUGUUAAGUAAAUAUUAUCACUACUGAUUCAGCUUGUCAAAUUGAUAUCGUUUACUUGUUUUGUGUUUUUACUCGUAUUUUUACUGCCUUGGUGAUGCUUAUCAUGAUUAUUGUGUUUUGUUUAGGUAUUGAUUGUCAAUUAGUAGAUAUGUAAUAAGCGAUUGUAUAUUAUCAUUUUAAUUCUCGUAAUAGACGUACCUAUUUUGUAU